AUGCCCCGCCGAAUAUUCAAAAACCUCGUCAUCGCCACGGCAGGUCCUCUACCCGGCCAACUAACCGUCGACAGCCUCCGUCAAUGGACCACCAUCCGCAAAGGCACCUUCACAGAAGAAUUCGACGAGCAAGUUACGCAUCUCCUCUGUACCCGAGAACAAUUCGACAGAAAACUUCCAAGAAUCAAAGAGGCCCUUGCCCGCGGGAAGCGACAGCACAUUGUCCACUGUGACUGGUUCGAAAUCUCCGCCGUGAAUGAAAAGAGACAGCCAGAGCGAGAAUAUUCUAUGAGGAAUAUCCUCGCCAAGCAAAAUGCGGCGAAGCGAGAACAAGCUCGGAUUGAAAGAGGGAAGAGAGAAGGCGAGAGGGCCGUCAACACGAACUUUUUCCAUAUUUACAGUGAUCGAACGUUCUUCUCGUAUCAGAUUGAUCUUAAUCGCGAUGACAAUGAAACAGGCGAGUUGGGACAGCGCUACACCCUCUACCUCUGGGAAUCUAAUGCAAAGCCCCAUCUCUACUGGUUCACCGCAAAGUUCAUGAAGAAGAAAGGAGACAGCCAGCCCAGCUUCCACCGCCCAAGCCCCUGCUCAGGCCCCUGGCGUCACGAAAUGGAUCUCUUCAUGGAGUUUUUCCGCAUCAAGACGGGGAUUGAAUGGCAGGAUCGUGUGAUUGGGCAGAAGACCAUGCCGAGUUCUUUCUUUCAGUACUCGCCACCAGUAAGAGGAAAACCUGUUGGUCGCCGUCUUCGAUUCUGUUACGAGUAUUGUCUGGAAAUCAACGCCCAGUUGAGAGGAUUACCUUGGCCUCCAGUUGAGGAUACUCAAGUCAAAGAGGAGACCGUAGCAACUGAA